GGGGGCCUUAGGGGUCCUGCUGUAGGUGACAUUCAGGCUCCGGCUCCUUCCUUUUCCUCAGGCGCUGCCGCUGCCCCGCGCCGGUCCCGCCAUGGCCCAGGCCGCCCAGAGGCUGGUCCAGCGCGUCGCCACCCAGGGCCCGCAGCUAGUGAGCGCUGCUGUGACCUACUCCAGGCCUCGUUUGGCCACAUUUUGGCACUAUGCCAAGGUUGAGCUGGUUCCUCCAACCCCUGCUGAGAUCCCCAAGGCCAUUGACAGCAUGAAAGCUAUGGUCAAAAGCUUUCAGUCUGGUCACCUCGCACAGCUCACAGUCAAGGAAGCUCUGAGGAACGGUUUGGUGGCCACAGAGGUGCUGAUGUGGUUUUACAUCGGUGAGAUCAUAGGCAGAGGAAGCCUGAUUGGAUACAAUGUUUGAAGACUAAUCUUUAGUCUUAUGUUUCACUUCUUUGUCCCCUAAGUCUGUAACAGUAUUUGACACAAUAAAACCAGGAAAUGAUGUGGAA